UAUUUGGCACAAUACACACGUGGUUUCAUAAGCUCGAAUGUCAUGGCAGGAGUUUCUGAAAAAGAUAGCGAUUGCAAAGAAAAUGCAGCUGCUUCAAAGAGUAAUGAGAGUGAAAACAAUAUAGGAGACUCCGUUUCACAAGAAUCGAAGGGAGACAUUGAGGUUGUGAGAAUGACAUCAGAUGGUACUGAGAAGAAUGGUGGUGACGAAAAGGGGGCGGGGCCAAGCGAUGAGGAGGGUGUGGAAAAAGACAAGGAGCAGGAGGUUGUUCUCAUACAGGACACAGGCUUCAAUGUGAAAAUUGUUUGCCCAGGCGUUGAAGAGUUUGAACUGCCGGUAAGUUCCAUGGAGCUUGUGCAAGAGAUUCAUCAGGUGUUGAUGGACCGGGAGGACACCUGUCAUCGCACCUGCUUCUCCCUCCAGCUUGAGGGACAGACCCUCGACAACUUCGCCGAGCUCAAAACCAUUGAGGGUCUCGCGGAGGGCUCUGUCAUCAAGGUUGUUGAAGAGCCAUACACAAUUCGGGAGGCUCGUAUUCACCUGCGGCACAUUCGUGACCUCCUCAAGUCUGUGGACCCAGCUGAUGCGUACAACGGCAUUGACUGCAACUCUCUGUCUUUCCUCAAUAUCAUUACUGCUGGAGACAUACUUGAGAAGAAGGUGUACAAGCCUGACUCGAUGGACUGUACUCCGCCAGAGUUCAUCAUUCCCGGAGCCAAGGAGAGACCUCUACUGCCCAUGCACCCUAGCGUUGCGGACCUUAAGUCACCCCAGUGUGUUAAGGUGCUCACACUGAGUGGGUGGAACCCCCCACCGGGCAACCGGAAACUCCACGGUGACCUGAUCUACCUGUACGCCGUCACCCUUGAGGACAAGAAGUAUCACAUCACAGCAUCCACACGAGGCUUCUACGUAAACAUGUGUACUGAGGAUGUGUUUAACCCAAGAGCUGCGGCCCAGAAAUGUCUCUCCCACACACUAGUAGAGCUUCUCAACCAGUUAAGUCCUGCCUUCAAGAGGAAUUUCGCCCAGUUAUUGAAGAAGCGUGGCCAGAAGCACCCGUUCGAACGUGUGCCUACACCGUACCAGAUCUACACCUGGAUGGUGCCACAGACUGACCACACAGUCGACUACAUACGUGCAGAGGAUGCCUUUACAACUCGUCUGGGCUACGAAGAACACAUUCCAGGCCAGACGCGUGACUGGAACGAGGAGAUCCAGACGACACGAGAGCUGCCUCACAAAACCCUUCCAGAGAGACUUAUAAGAGAGAGGGCCAUCUUCAAGGUGCACAGUGACUUUGUUGCGGCUGCAUCACGUGGUGCCCAGGCGGUGAUCGACGGCAACGUAAUGGCCAUUAAUCCGGGAGAUGAGGCAAAGAAUCAGAUGUACAUAUGGAACAACAUAUUCUUUAGCCUAGGCUUUGAUGUGCGUGACCAUUAUAAAGAUUUUGGUGGUGACUAUGCAGCUUAUAAUGCCCCUGGCAACGACCUUCAAGGUGUGAGGGCGUACUUUAACACCGAUGUGGAAGGGAUGUAUACACUCGGCACAGUGGUCGUAGACUACCGAGGAUACAGAAUCACCGCACAGUCCAUCAUCCCUGGGAUUCUGGAGAGGGAGCAGGAGCAGUCCGUUGUGUACGGCUCCAUCGACUUUGGAAAAACUGUUGUGUCCAAUGACAAAUACAAGGAACUGUUACAAAAAUCAGCUACUCAGUUGAAGAUCAGACCACACAAAGUAUUGAAUGAGAAAGGAGAAGAGAUCGAGCUGAUUUCCUCUAUAGAAUGCAAGGGCAUUGUGGGUAAUGACCAGCGUCACUAUGUGCUUGACCUUCUCCGGACUACCCCGCCAGACGUCAACUUCUUACCAAUUGAUAAGGAGGAGCUGAGUAAUGAUAUGCGUAACCAUGGUUACCCUCUGUCCCACCGUCACAAACUGUGCUGCCUUAGACAGGAACUUGUGGAAGCAUUUGUUGAGAACCGGUAUGUUGUGUUUGUGCGGACAGCUGCAUACCACUUCCAGCAGAUGCAGCUCAACAAGAAAAAAGCCCAGGAGAAGGGAGAUGUUGAACCAAAAAUAAAGGACCUGGCGAUAGACGAUGUGGUGGUUACUGGAGAGAAGAAGGACUCCAUUGAGACAGACGAGGCCAAAAAGAUUGUGGAGGCCCUCACCGGCAGUGAGAACCAGACAGUUGAGGAGAGCAGUCGUGACAUUGUGAAGAAGGCUGCUCUGGCUGUGGGGUCCCUCAGUGACACUGAGUUCAACAUCACCUUUAACCCUGAUGUCUAUCAGGCCCAUGUGAAACAUGCACAGCCUGAGUCUGCGAUGUUGAGGCGGGAGGAGCAGAUUGUGAAGGAUGCGGCCGAGUUUCUUGUGCUUCACCAGAUCCCCACACUGGUGAAUGACUGCCUGGAUCACUCCUCAUCGCCCAUUGAUGGCGCCACCCUCACCGAGACGAUGCACACACGGGGUAUCAACAUGCGCUACCUCGGGAAAGUCACCGAGACAUUCGCAAAGUACAAAUCUGUGUCCUAUGUUUAUACGAUUUGUAUCUCAGAGCUAAUCACGCGUGCAGCGAAGCACCUGUACAAGACACACAUGCAGGGUGUGGACAGUCGGACUGUUGCCACUGCAAUAUCUCAUUUCCUGAACUGUCUGCUUGGUUCCUUCCCGAAUCCGAGCCCUGGUGUCACUGUCGAUGAGGGUAAGACAAAGAAAAAGAAAAGGAGGAACAAGCAGGGCAUUGCUGUCAACAUAGACAAUGUAGACUGGGUAAAUGAAACGCCUCGGUCACUGUGGCGGAAGAUUGCGGAUGAGGUGGAGGACUAUUUUCACUACACACUUGAAUGUGACUCGAUAGACUCUGCCAUUGAGAAGUACGGAGUCCAGCGUGUGUCGCUGCUGCGUGCCUUCUGUCAACGUGUUGGCAUCCAGAUCCUGCUGCGAGACUACAACCUAGACUGUAGAAACCGCGCUGUCUUUAACGAGGAUGACCUCAUCAAUGUCUUCCCCAUCGUCAAACACAUCCAGCCAAGGGCCAGUGAUGCGUACCACUUCUUCACCAGUGGGCAGGCCAAGAUCCAGCAGGGUUUGAUCAAGGAAGGGUAUGACCUGAUCCAGGAGGCAUUGAACCUGCUCAAUAACGUGUAUGGGGCUAUGCACCCUGAGAUAGCUGCCUGUCUACGGCUCCUCGCCCGCCUCAACUACAUCAUGGGAGACUAUGGAGAGGCUAUGAGUUAUCAGCAGCGGGCAGUUUUGAUGAGUGAGAGAGUCCUUGGCAUUGACCACCCCAACACCAUCACAGAAUAUUCUCACCUAGCACUGUACUGCUUCGCGAACAACCAGGUGUCGAGUGCCCUGCGGCUGAUGUAUCGCACCCGCUACCUCGCCCUUCUCUGUCAUGGCGAGAACCACCCAGAAAUCGGCCUUAUCGAUAGCAACAUUGGUUUGAUCCUGCACGCUGUGGAGGAGUAUGAACGGUCACUCACCUUUCUGGAAAAUGCUCUCAAUAUUUACAACAGGUACUAUGGAGGGAGGAGCCUGAAGGUUGCCAUGAGCUACCACCUGGUGGCGAGAACCCAUUCUUGUCGUGGGGACUUCAGAGCUGCACUCGCUAGUGAAAAGGAGGCAUACACCAUCUACAGACAAACUCUUGGUGAGGAGCAUGAGAGGACGCGGGAAAGUAGUGAGUGUCUAAAGCACUUGACGCAGCAGGCUGUCACCUUCCAGAAGAAGAUGAAUGAGAUUGUCAAGGGCGAAAAGGUCACAUCUCUUGCUCCACUACAGAUUCAGACGCCAUCCAUGCAGAGUGUACUGGAAAUGUUGAAUGUCAUCAACGGCAUUGUCUUUGUUCAAAUCAGUCCAGAAGAGAUUGAGCGGAUACGCCGGGAGGUUGGGAAAAAUCAGGAAGUCAAAAAUAAAGACGCUGAGAGUAAGGACUCUGAUAGCGGAAACGAAUCAAACGACGGACUAAGCUCUCCAGAUAAGGAAACAGCGCCGGUUGUCAACCCUGCAGGAAUGGUGAAUGGAUCUGCCCACCCUGAGGAGAUCCUGGCAAACUGACUGGACACACCUUUGUUAAAGGAUUAUUGUGUCUCAUGCCAAGUACAAAGGUGCUCGAAAACCCAUUAAACAAUGUGUGCUGUGCCAGUGGACCUGGUCUUCUCAUAAGCAUUGUAGCCACACAAAUUGACAAUAGCUGUAUAGCAGAUUUCUUAUUGAAUAAACAUUUGCAUAAUUCUUACAACACAAUAUUAUAAUACAACGUUAUACAUAGCUCUAUGUCAAAUCUAUUGUGUGUUAUGCAAAGCGUGAUUCAUCAGUCUGAAUUUAUCAUUGUUCAUCGACAUGAAUUACUGUUGAAAAAUGAGAGAAGGCCGUGGUUGAGGCGCCGCUGACUGGCUUGAUGUUUAGUUCAGUCAUUUUCUGGUUUCAUGUUAGUUGAGCUGUGAAGUAUUGGACCCCAUGAUACCAUUGGUUAGAUAUCAUUACUUAGGACCAUUCCACACCAAUCAUGUUAGCUGUAAUUGUUUUGUAUGAAGCUUCCACUUGUUUGCAUGCAUUUUUUGCUUGACUUAUGGCAUAGUCAUAUCACUGUAGGAUUAGGCAGUCCCCACACUCUUACAAGACCAAUGGUAGAUACCAAUAACAAUUUUACUUUUAAGGAAAGGUUCAUAUUUGCAUGAAACAUAACCAUCAGGUAUAUGUUUUAUUAUUGUGUGCAGGGUAUAGGAUAUGUAUGAACAUUUACUCAAAUUCUUGCCAUCAUCAAGUGUUUAAGUGCAACAAGUAUUUUUUUCAAGUUGAUUAUCUGAUUACUUUAGAAUAUAGCUGUCAAUGUCAGAGUUGGCUUUUGUUCUGCUAGUGUAAAACUGUUUGCAUGCUCGUGUUACAUGUACAAUAUUAACCAUAUGAUGCCAUUAAAUGUAAAUAUUUCUAGGUCAUGUGUGUUAGUAAAUAGUGAAUAGUUUGAACAAAUUCUGUACAUAGUUGUAGUUUUGUUACCAUGGUUACAUGUGUACUAUCUUAAUAAUUUAAAAUGAGUACUAACAUGAAGUAAAUUAAAGUGAAAUGCAAUUACUGUAACCUGUAGCUACAGUGAUUACCAGUAUAACGUAACUACUGUAACCUGCAGUUUCCCGUAGGUACAGUUGAGUACUCUGUGUAAUGUGUAGAUACAGUGCGUACUGGUAAGCUGUGAGUACUGUAACCUGCAGUGACCUGUAGCUACAGUGAUUACCAGUAUAACGUGACUACUGUAACCUGCAGUUACCCGUAGGUACAGUUGAGUACUCUGUGUAAUGUGUAGAUACAGUGCGUACUGGUAAGCUGUGAGUACUGUAACCUGCAGAAACCUUUAGAUACAGUGCGUACUGGUAAGCUGUGAGAAAUGUUACCUGCAGUGACCUAUAGAUACAGUGCGUACUGGUAAGUUGUGAGUAAUGUAACCCAUAGCUAAAUGUAUAUAGACCCGUGUGCUGUGAUAAAAUUUUACCAUUAUCAGUGAUCAUUCUGCAAUUUCACUUGUUAUUACGUACCAAUAAUAAUAAUAUAAACAAUAGAUAUAGUAUUUCUCAAAGAAAUGCGUUUAAAGUUUGAUAAAUGUAAUUGUAUUGUAUGGUUAUUCAGAAGCUGUAUCUUGUUUCAUAUGAAUUUUGAUGUACAGCAUUUAUCAAGAGUGAAAACAAAUGCAUUUUAUAUGCUUUCUGUUUGUAUCCUUGUGCAUUUUAAGAGUUUGAAUGAAUUGGAUUUUGUACAUGUAUGUGCAGAAUUUAAGCUGCACUGACCUGUAGUUUGUUUGAUUAGAUUGAUGUUCAGUUGUAUCGUUAAUUGACAUAAGGCUUUAUCUAUAUCGAAGGUUGCAAGUCUACAGGGCUACAUCUCCACAUAUUGAUUCUGAAAGUUUGUUAUGUGUGUAUCACGUGUUAUUUUUAUGUCAUUUGUGUACACUCGCAUAUACAAGUACAUGUAUAUGGUGCACGUGGUAAUAUUUGGAUCACUUUGACCUCUUCGUUGAUAUCUUUUGAUAUAAAUCUGGACAUUCUGCACUGAAAAUAAUCGUUAGAAUAUUCUGAUGGUAUUUCAAAGGUUAUACUUAAUUAUAAUGGCAAUACAUUUUUCAGCAGCUCUACAACUGUAUGCAAAUAGAAUAAGCUUACUGAGUCUUGAUGCUUAUGCUCCCUAAAAUCCCAGAUUGCCUUCAGAAUGAAUUAAGUUUGGGAAACAUCUGAAAGACUGUGUUUAUUGGUUCUAGGGAACAUCAAACGUCCGCGAGUAAUGGAUGUAAAAGUAUAACCUGACAACAUCGCUAAAUUUUUAUUGUCAGUCUGAGCUGAACUGAAAAUGGGUGCAAUUGGUUUUACCCCUUACAUGACUGACAGCAACAACAGGCAGAACUACGGACGCGUUGCCACGACUUCAAAUGCAACUCCUCGCUUGUUCAAAAAUGUUGGGUGUGACUGUUACGGUCUACCUCAAUUGCGAUGCUUACCUGAUUGACCAAGCACCUUUCUCUAUGUUUAUUUGAAAACAGUGUAGACCAACAAUAUUAUAGAGCAUUGACUUUAAGACAUAUGACAAACAUGGCAUUUUCGGUGUCGUUAUUUUGGUUGUGAAAGUGAUGCAAUCUUUUUGUGAUGUACAAUGCAUUUGGCAUAAGGAACAAUACAUGUGAACAAGGAUCUCUUGAUGAUAACUAGUGGAAAUAGUUCAGGAUUAAGGCAAACUUCUUUAUAAGUUGCCGUUUUAUUGGUCAUAGUAAUUAGAGCACUGUGUUUAUAAUGUGUAACUGAUACAUGAAGUUGGUGGAUGGAUUGUGAAGAGUGUGGAUUUGUCUAAAUAUAAUACAUUGUGUACAAUUAAAUUUAAAAGUUA